AUGCCGGAAAAAUGUCGCAAAUCCGGGCCAAGCCUCCGUCCUUCCGGCGUCCGUCACCGAGAGGCCGGAAGUCCCGCCCUGACAACGCUGCUGGCGCCCGAGCUCCUUUCUGUCCUCUCGGUCACGCGCCCGCGCGAUGCAGAAAAUGCUUUCAAAGUGAGACUUAGUAUCAGAACAGCUCUGGGAGACAAAGCAUAUGCUUGGGAUACAAAUGAAGAAUAUCUCUUCCGAGCAAUGGUGGCUUUCUCCAUGAGAAAAGUUCCUAACAGAGAAACAACAGAAAUUUCCCAUGUCCUACUUUGCAAUGUAACCCGGAGAGUGUCAUUCUGGUUUGUGGUUACAGACCCUUCAAAAAAUCACACUAUUCCUGCUGUUGAAGUACAGUCGGCCAUAAGAAUGAAUAGAGACCGGAUCAACAAUGCCUUCUUCUUGAAUGACCAGACUCUGGAAUUUUUAAAAAUUCCUUCUACUCUUGCACCACCCACGGACCCACCUGUGCCCGUCUGGAUUAUCAUAUUUGGUGUGAUAUUUUGUAUUGUUGUUGUUGCAAUCGCACUGCUGAUUUUGUCAGGGAUCCGGCAACGUAGAAGGAAGAACGAAGGACCAUCUGAAGUUGGUGAUGCCGAAGAUAAGUGUGAAAACACAAUCACAAUUGAAAAUGGUAUCCGCUGCGAUCCGCUGGACAUGAAGGGAGGGUGCGUUAAUGAUGCCUUCAUGACAGAGGAGGAGCGGCUCACCCCUCUCUGAAGGCUGCUGUUCUGCUUCCCCAAGAAAAUCAACACUGGUUUCUUUGCAACUGCUGAGCAUCCCAAAUACCAAAGGCAGAUGAUGUAUUUUGUUUCAUCAUUCUUCUUUUGUAAGAAAUUUUAAACAUGCUUCACAGUGAAAGGAAUUGGUUAUAAGCAUGAAGACCAUGAAAUCAUAGGCUGUUAUCUAUUAAUAAUAAUCUAAAAUAUUUUUCAAGUCAUGAGGUAUUUGUAGUUACUGAUUUAAAUAUUUCCGGAAAUAAGCCAGAUACGUGUGUUGUGUGUAUUCACAUUUUGAAGACCUAAAAAAUAGUUUUUUCAGUGACAAAUAUCUAUAAUAUUAUAUAGAAACAAUUGAAAAUCCUUUUUGAAUAUUCAUUACACUACUCUGUAUAACACUAAGUAAUUAAGUAAAUUGAAUAGAUAAAAAGGAGUGUUGAUAUGCAGGUUAGAAUUUUCUUCUGCUAUUGUACCAACAGUUGCCUAUACGAUUUCUGAAUAUCAGUCUCCAAUAGAGAAGUUUAUUUGUUGGUUUUGAGAAGCUCAAUAUAUGCUAAUUUAACAGUGCUAAUCCUCUCAUUUUUAGCAUGUGACAGAUUGUGGUCUGAGAUUUAUUUUCAUACUGUAGAACCUAGUGAGACUAAUUUUUAUUAGUUAUGUUUAAUGUGCUCUACAGCACUAGAAAUGAAUUAUUUUUGUUGUAUGUGUCUGUGUUCGAAGACAUCUUACAGUUUUGAUAUUGAUUUUGUUUGCAGAUAAGCUAUG